GGUCUCCUCCCCCUGCUCUGACGCGGGGCCCGUGGCUCCCGGGGAGGAUGGACCCAGCUCCGCGCUCGCCGGGGCUUCCCCGGGCUGGAGAGCGCGCCUGAGUGCCGCCGCCCGCCGGGCAUGGGGAGCCGCUUCCUGGGCGGCUGCGGCAGAGGAGGAGGAUGCUCUGGGCGAGCCGAGCACUCCCAAAGAGUGAAUGACGUGUGCAGCUCGGGGUGCCGUUUCUGAAGGGAGGAGCCUUUCUCUUGGAGAGGAGUCCUCGAUGAGCCUGGCCGAGGCCCGGGAUCUGUGUGAAGUGGACUAAGGAUUAAGUAGGAUGUCAACUGAGACAGAACUUCAAGUAGCUGUGAAAACCAGCGCCAAGAAAGACUCCAGAAAGAAAGGUCAGGAUCGCAGUGAAGCCACUUUGAUAAAGAGGUUUAAAGGUGAAGGGGUCCGGUACAAAGCCAAACUGAUCGGGAUUGAUGAAGUUUCCGCAGCUCGGGGAGACAAGUUAUGUCAAGACUCCAUGAUGAAACUCAAGGGCGUUGUUGCUGGCGCUCGUUCCAAAGGAGAACACAAACAGAAAAUCUUUUUAACCAUCUCCUUUGGAGGGAUCAAAAUCUUUGAUGAGAAGACAGGGGCCCUUCAGCAUCAUCAUGCUGUUCAUGAAAUUUCCUACAUCGCAAAGGACAUCACAGACCACCGGGCCUUUGGAUACGUUUGUGGAAAGGAAGGGAAUCACAGAUUUGUGGCCAUAAAAACAGCCCAGGCGGCUGAACCUGUUAUUCUGGACUUGAGAGAUCUCUUUCAACUCAUUUACGAAUUGAAGCAAAGAGAAGAAUUGGAAAAGAAGGCACAAAAAGAUAAGCAGUGUGAGCAAGCCGUGUACCAGACAAUUUUGGAAGAGGAUGUUGAAGAUCCUGUGUACCAGUACAUUGUGUUUGAGGCUGGACACGAGCCAAUCCGUGAUCCCGAAACAGAAGAAAACAUUUACCAGGUUCCCACCAGCCAAAAGAAGGAAGGUGUUUAUGAUGUGCCAAAAAGUCAACCUGUAAGUGCUGUGACCCAAUUAGAACUUUUUGGGGACAUGUCCACCCCUCCUGAUAUAACCUCUCCCCCCACUCCUGCAACUCCAGGUGAUGCCUUCAUCCCGUCUUCAUCCCAGACACUUCCGGCCAGUGCAGACGUGUUUGGUUCUGUACCUUUCGGCACUGCUGCUGUACCCUCAGGUUAUGUUGCAAUGGGCGCCGUCCUCCCAUCCUUCUGGGGCCAGCAGCCCCUCGUCCAACAGCAGAUCGCCAUGGGUGCUCAGCCACCAGUCGCUCAGGUGAUGCCGGGGGCUCAGCCCAUCGCAUGGGGCCAGCCGGGUCUCUUUCCUGCCACUCAGCAGCCCUGGCCAGCUGUGGCCGGGCAGUUUCCGCCAGCCGCCUUCAUGCCCACACAAACUGUUAUGCCUUUGCCAGCUGCCAUGUUCCAGGGUCCCCUCACCCCCCUUGCAACCGUCCCAGGCACGAGUGACUCCACCAGGUCAAGUCCACAGACCGACAAGCCCAGGCAGAAAAUGGGGAAAGAAAUGUUUAAGGAUUUCCAGAUGGUCCAGCCUCCACCCGUGCCCUCCCGCAAACCCGACCAGCCCUCCCUCACCUGUACCUCAGAGGCCUUCUCCAGUUACUUCAACAAAGUCGGGGUGGCACAGGAUACAGACGACUGUGAUGACUUUGACAUCUCCCAGUUGAAUUUGACCCCUGUGACUUCUACCACACCAUCGACCAACUCACCUCCAACCCCAGCCCCUAGGCAGAGCUCUCCAUCCAAAUCAUCUGCGUCCCACGCCAGUGAUCCGACCACAGAUGAUAUCUUUGAAGAGGGCUUUGAAAGUCCCAGCAAAAGUGAAGAGCAAGAAGCUCCUGAUGGAUCACAGGCCUCCUCCACCAGUGAUCCAUUUGGUGAAACCAGUGGUGAGCCCCGUGGUGAUAAUAUAAGUCCACAGGCCGGUAGCUAGAUAGCGCAGGUCUGGGAGCCAGAGCCUCUCUAUGCGCAGAUCAACCGACCUAAGAAGUAGCAUCAAUGUGAGCUCGUGGUGGGUGCUUCCAGACUAGCACGGAAAUCGGCAUGGCGACAGGCUCCCUUGUAUUCUUUCACCUCACCUCAUCUCACGAAGAAAUUCACUAUUGCCCGAUGGAACUCCUUCUGAGGAGGGAACUAAGCAUUUUCGGCAACCAAUGGCAGAUAUCUAUGGCAGCACAAAAAAAAUCCACAAAAGUAUAUAUAUAUAUAUAUAAAUAAAAAACACCCAACAUUAAAUCACAAAUCAAGCAAAUACUUACCCAACAAAUAUUCUGAGCUCUCUUAGCUGGGUUUAAAAUGACCUGGGAUAUAAAAUCAUAAUUCUGCUUUUAUUUCUCUACCUGUUGACCACUGUAGAGACAGCAAAUUUGGAGUGACAGGCAUCAGAGAAUUGCAACAAGGUUGGCACUGACUUCUUUUAGGCAAAAGCAAGAGGGUCCUCUGUGACCACAAUGUCAUCAUCGACCCUAUGCCUUCUGGCAUAUGAUGAGUUUUUCCAUUGCUCCACAGGGCUUGGUCUGCCAUCCCUCACCCACACCUUUCCUUUCUUUGUCAUGUUUGAAAAUUAAUGGGUGUAUAAAUUUUUGUAUUGCUUUUGACUUUUUUUAGAUAUGGGUGAAGAAAUCUAACUGGGGGCGGGGAAAGUCUCUUAUUAUGAAGUAAUUAACUUGAAAUCACAAGACAAAUAAGUGAUCGAUUAUUCAUUGUGAUCAAGAAUGUUGCCAAAAUGACCCUUUAUUUUGUUCUGCAAGCUGGUGAAGAAGGACAGUUUUCGGUUUGAAUCUUCACUCUGUGCGUAGGAAAGGACAUCAAAUCCCAUUGAUGAGAAAGAUGGAAAAAAAUGCAUCUGGUUUCCUAAGAAGCUCUAAACUCUUGAGUACAAUAAAAUGAUAUUUUUUAUUUUCCCGAUACUUUGCUGCUGUGAUACUAUGCAGACAAGUGUCUUCUCCACGUGCCAUU